GCCACCUACACACACACACAACAGAGGAAAACACACAUCAGAUCAUAACAACACACACAUCAAUAACCCACAGCACCCCCGUGACACAAAAACACACACAAAUACAUCUCCGUUACAUUAAAAGUGGCCUAAAUCUGAAUGCUUUUGUGAUUUCUGUUCCCCAAAUGAACGUUUGCGCCUCGCUGAAGCAGGCUAGCAACAAGGAACGUUCCCAAGAAGCGUUCUCUGACAAUUCCCAACAAGCGUAACGUUAAUAAAACGUUGUUUUAGAGUUACCUGACAACGCAAACACGUUUUAGUUUCAAUUAACGGCCAGACAAAAAGAUAUGUUUAAACGUUUACUGUUGCCUCAACGCAGACACCGUUAAGAAACAAGAACGCGUACUUAGAAUAUUUUGCUAGCAUGCUAGUCAACGCGACAAAAAAUAAAUAAAUAAAUACACCGGAACGCGUUAAAACAAUGAGGACGUCUUCAUUGACCGAUUAAAUAGUCUUGACGUGUUCGAAUUAACGUGUUAUAAUCGAUUAAUUAAUUGUUAGUUAAGUAAUUACAAUACGUUUGACUCGCGACGCGUUUAUUUUGAUAAAUACAGCACCGGGCAGAAUGACGCGCGUAUUCCCGCGAGCGAGAGGAGCAGCACGCGCCCGCCGCCGCGAGUCCGCGCGUCCGCGCAUGCGCAGUUCCGACCCAAACAUGGCGACGGGGAGCUGCGAAAAGUGCUGAAUUCGGUCUGCAUUUCGACAAAAUCGCGAAGAUCUCUGCGGGACUCUACGGCGGCCGAUGCUCAACAUGGUCCGAACGCCACUGAAAGAUCACAAAGACAGUAAGAAGGAUAAAGCGGGCCGGAGCAUGUCUCUCACGGGUCCUGGACCGGUCAAAGUGACCGAGUCCUUCUCGUGGGAGGAGUAUCUGAAAGAGACGUCGUCUGAUCCCGCUCCGCCCGGCUGCUUCAGACAGUCUCGGAUUCCUCCCUCAAACGACUUCAAGGUGGGGAUGAAGCUGGAGGCCCGGGACCCUCGUAACUCCACCUCCACCUGCAUCGCCACGGUGAUGGGCUUGAUGGGCAUCAGGCUCCGCCUCCGCCUGGACGGCAGCGACAGCACCAACGACUUCUGGCGAUUGGUCGACUCCGCCGACAUCCAGCCAAUAGGAACCUGCGAGAAGAACGGAGACAUGCUGCAGCCGCCGCUGGGAUUCAGGAUGAACGCCUCGUCGUGGCCCAUGUUUCUCCUGAGGACCCUUAAUGGAGCGGAAAUAGCACCCGCCACAGCGUUUAAAAAGGAGCCGCUCCGGCCGCCCCAGAACGGCUUCAAGCCCGGCAUGAAGCUGGAGGCCGUGGACAAGAAGAACCCGUACCUGAUCUGCCCGGCGACCGUCGGCGAGGUGAAGGGCGAGGAGGUGUUUGUGAUGUUCGACGGCUGGCGGGGGGCCUUCGAUUACUGGUGCCGCUACGACUCCAGGGACGUCUUCCCCGUGGGCUGGUGCUCCGUCACCAAACACAGCCUGCAGCCGCCCGGAAACAGCAUCACCGUUCCUAAACCAGGUCCCACACCUUCCUCCUCCUCCUCCUCUUCCUCUAACCCUAAACCCCGGCGCUCCAUGCCGUCUCCUUAUCGCCUGCCGACUCCUCUUCCUCAACUCCCUGUGAGGAAGGGCAUUAGGGGACGGCGGCCGAAAAGCGAGACCAUCGCUCUGCUGAAAGCCCUGGCCGCAUCCACCGCGUCCCAAGACACAGAAGACCAAGGAGAAGCCACGCCCCAAACCACGCCCAUUUCCCAGCAUCCCCUGCGUCCAUACAAGAAAAGGGGGCCUAAACCGGGCAGCAAGAGGAAGUCCAGACUCCUCCAGAGCACCAUGUCUAUAGCAGCCAGCUCAGACUCCAGGGUGCCCAUGACUCAGAUGCCCAGCGAUGGACUCUCUCCUCUGGGAUCCCCCUCAUCUGUGGUGUCUACUGUGUGUGUGUAUGUGAACAAACACGGAAACUGCGGCCCACAUCUUGACCGUAAGCAGGUCCAGAGACUGCCGGAUCACUUCGGGCCGGAGGCGGUGAAUCUGGUUCUGCAGCAGACGGUCCAGGCCUGUCUGGACUGCGCGUAUCAGCCCAAAGUGCUUCUGGGAUGCCUGCAGAGCCAAGGCGGUGGAGGAGAGGUGGUCCGAGUCCGAACAGAUGGUGGGAAGCGGUUGGUGAAGCUGCCGUCAGCGUCGAGCGCCGGGUUUGUGUUGCGUUUCCUGGAGCGAGUGUGUCGACACCUGCAGUGUGAUAAUCUGUUCAGCAGUCAACCGUUCAGUCCACACAACACCUACGACCGCGCUAAAUCAGUUAAAGAGGAGAUGUUGUCAGACGGUCUGAACAGAGGUGUGAAGCGGAUCUCCAGAGACUCUCCUCCGUACUGCGCUCCUCUCUCCCCGAAGCUCCUGCACACAGACACACACCCCUCAGAAGCGGAGACUCUUCCUCCAGAGCAGAACGGAUUAAUGAAGGAGCAGCGCUUCAUGGACUCCGCCUCUAAUUCCAUGACGCCCCGCCCACAGACCUUGAGAAGCACCUCAGAGUACCAAUCAGCACCCAGCAGCCCGUAUUACCACGGCAACGGCCCGCCUCUACGCAGACAGGCCUCCAACCCCCUCACACAGACACACAGACGAGUGGAGGCCGCCAGCUCCACCACGGGUCCCGAGACGGCAUCGGCGGCGGACCUUCCCAGAAUCCCCGGCAGGAGCCCGUCUUCCUGGUCCAUAGAGGAAGUGAUGCAGUUCGUGCGGGACGCAGACCCAACGGCGCUGGCUCCGCAUGCAGAGCUCUUCAGAAAACACGAGAUCGACGGCAAAGCCCUGAUGCUACUGAGGAGCGACAUGGUGAUGAAGUACAUGGGUCUGAAGCUCGGACCGGCGCUCAAACUCUGCCACCACAUCGAAAGACUGAAGCAGGGCAAGCAGUGAAGCGCACGGACAGGAACACACGCUGCUACAGAGGGGCUGAUGGGAAACCGCCGCGCGCCGCUCCAUAAACACACACACACCUGCAGCCGGAGAACAGCUCUCUGGGAACCGACGGGAGCCGAGGUGCGUUCGGACGGGCCCCAAAGACGCAGGCGCCUCACGAGCCGACCGGCUCACCGAUAGCGCCGCUGUUCGAGUCGGAUGUUGGCUAUUUAUCGCUCUACCUCCCUGUGACUUCAUACUAGUCCGCGGGUGUUUCUGGAAUCACCUGCAGACUCUGAAAACCCGUUGUUUGUGUUCGUGUCCGUUCAGUUCAGGCAAAUCGCUUCACGUUUCGGAAUCUUAAGGGAGUCCGAAACCCGUGCGACGACGUUUCGCGGAAAAAAAAAGUAGACGCUCCGCUCGUUUUCGUGCAAUCCCGCUUCGUUUUUUCUUUGACCAAACAGACUUUUUUGAUUAGAUUUAAGAGCGUUCGCUAGGAAAUCCUCACGUUUUUGCUCCAAAACAGCUUAAUAGCGUGUUGCGAACCAGUUUAGCAUAUUUUGAUGCAUCACAUCAGAACGGUAAUAAUAAUCAAAAAUACAUACCACAAAAAAAACAUUUAGGCCUAAAAUUGGUAUUCGUGUAAUUAAAUUGUAUACAAAAUUUCCAUCGUUUUGGAUUACACAGUUUUGACAGUAAAAAGAGUAUAAUAAUAACAAUAAUAAUAAUAAUAAACUUAAUGCCGUUUAUAUUUGUCAGUCAUGCAUAAAUUAAAACUGGACACAUUCUUUGCACUCAAAAUCAUUGCAUGGUUAUAUUUAAUUACCUAAAUGUUUAUAAUUGUUUUUAAAAUAUCAAAUUGUGUAGAAUCAUCAUAAAUUGUUAUAUUUAUUCAUUUGUAAUAUAUGACUGGUUAAGUAUGUGGAACAAGUAUACUCAACUAGUUAUAUAUCAUUUAUACACAUAUAUAUAUAU